AUGAUAUAUGCAAACGGAGGUGGAACUCGCCAAGGUCGAAAGAAUGCCCAAUCAUACCCAAAGGGCUUUUGCUCGACUGUCGACUGCAAGCGUCAAACAUUGCAUCAAGCGUCCUUGCGUACACAUGUGGCAACAUCUGUCUUGCCCUAACAAAGUGAUGUUUGAGUAGGUUCUGAGCCGGUUCUGCCGGUUCUGCCGAGUUCUGCCGAGUUCUGCCGAGUUCUGCCGAGGCCAUUAUGCUGCCUAACGCCAGAGCUGGACAAGCCAGCGAAGAGUCAGCGACUGCGCAGGCGGAAAUGGAGCAGCUGAUUCAGGCAGGCAAACUUGUCGCCACUCUCUCAGAGAAGUUUAAGAAGGAUGCCAAGUGGACGCUGGCCGCCGCCCGAGCGAUUACCCAAAUCACAACUGCAGAGCGCUCGGUCAUUUUCGCCAGUUCGGAAGGUCGCCAGCUGGAGCUUCUGAAUGAACUCGCCAAUAGGGAGCUGGCUGGCCUGCGCGUGCAGAGCGCGACAGGAGCGGGUGCCAGCACCGGCGCGCCAGACGCGGAGCACCCGCGCGACCAGCAAGCGGCACCGCCCCCGUCGUCCGCCACCACAUGGUGGCCUGCCAGCUGGCUUGGUGCUGUGGCACCGACGUGGCGAGCGCGAGGAGGAGAGGAGGGCAGCCGGCAGCAGCAGCAGCAAGAGGACUCUGCCGCAGGGUCCACCAUGCCUGUCAGUUCAGGCCCGCACUCAGCGGUAGUGGCUUCCAUGCACGCUCCUGGUGCGACCAACAGCUUGUCGAGCAGCUCGCCUUCCCCCUCCCAGCACCUGUCUACCUGUCGUCAGCGCCGCCCACACCGUGCCGGUCCUCGACAGGCGGCUUCAGAGGGUACGCUGUAGGGCCGCUGUGGGAGCUGCUGCGCGCGUUCAUGGCGGUGGAUGAGCAGGGCGCGUCCCUGCUGCUGCUGGCCAUGCACCUCGCUGGUGCAUUGCUGAACCAGAGCGUGCUCCAGCUGCUGGUCAGUUUGGCCGGGCUGCUCCACAUACUCAGCGCUUGCUGCUGCCCCGCGUGGCUGCGGCGGGCGCUGAUGCGCAGCAGCUUACUGGGGCGCAUUGGGCUGCUUUGGUGCGGGCCCGGCGUGUACGGUUUUGUGGACAAGCAGGAUGGACGGCGCAAGGUGAUGUCGGGUGGCGUUCGGGCACUGGUCGGAUGCGUGCAUGCAGCCCUGUCAGCAUGGCAACGAUCGACUGAUGUGCGGUGUAGAUUGGCUGCCCCAGGACAAGAUGCUGGGUGUGUAACGGCGCAAGGUGAUGCCAUGCACGCAAGAGUGGAUAUCUUCAUUACUACUUCACACGGGGCCGCAUUGGUUCUAAGCAUUUGUGGCUACACGUGGGCGACGUGGCAGUUCAUUUGCAGUGAAGGCAGGAGCGUGUCGGGCCGCAAUACUAUUGCCACUGAGAGGCUCGGACACAGCUGGGCUCUGAGCUGACGGAUGUUGAUGUGUAUGUGUGCCUACGGAGUACAGCUGUGUGCAAACAACGUCUCGGUGCAACCAGGGUAGCUAGCGUACGAGGCAGGCGUGUUAGACUACCAUGAACGUGUAUGUGAGACCGUUCCUUGCAAGGCGAACGCUCACAGGUGGUGUCGUUAAUGCUGCUUGCUUACAUGAGAGGUCGGUUUAUUGGGGCCAUCGUGUUUGUGGCAGUGUGUCUGCAUUUUGGGGCAGCGCGUGAGUCCGUAUUGAAGUCCUCCUUCGGCAGCAGCGGGCUGCUGGGCAACGGCUGAGGAGUGUACGGGCACCGGCUGCGAAUGCAUUUAUUGCUUGCUGGAGCGCAUGUAGGAUUGAUGGCGCCUUCUGUGCAUGCGUGCCAUUUGCGUGUGCUUAGUAGGCGCCCGCGUCAAGGUGGCUGGGUUGAUAACGACCCGGGAGGGGAGGGCUCAGCCCUUUUCCUGCCUCCCAGUGCCUCCCUAAGGCAACCACCUCCUUGGUAAAGUGCUGUAAACUGCGCAAACCGCGACCCUAUUGUAGAAAAAUAGGUGGCAGGGAAACUCUGGGAAAUGCGUUGAUUCGCAGCGGCUCCCAGUCUGUUGCGGAAACCAGAAUGUUGGUUAGCGAGCUUAGCUUUCGGGAUACCAGGUAGCUGGUGUGGCUGUGAUGGGUUGGUAUGCUGGUAUGUUCAAGCCCGCCCUGGCUGUGGGACUGUCCACAUACCACCCCAUGGUGUGCUUGUUGCUUAUUGCGCUGGCGUGGUACUUAGCUGGCGCGCAGGUUGAGGCCUGCCAGUGUUUGGUUGACUAGCUAGAUACCGGUUCUGGCUAUGUGCCUGUGGAAACCGACCCCGGCCAUGUCCGGGCGAUGAGGUUGUUCGGCCUCAGACUGUGGAGGGGCUCAGCCCCUUUUCCCGUGACCGGGGAACACUUGUUAAAGUGCUGCCG